UUUUGGUUACAUUGUGGCGUCAUACUGCCACACCGAAGAAGAAUAUUGAGCACAUUCCUCUAGCUAAAAGUUUAGCUCAACUGGAAACUAGACUUUAAAUUCAAUGCUUAUAAUUCACUGACUAUUACCAAGUUAAUUUAUCAAUUUAUAGUUUGUCGACAUUCGACUCCUAUUGUCGGUGUGUGUGCGCUCUACUGCGCGGUGCAAGCAAAAAGUGGGCAAAUAUGUAGAAGAAUAAAGAAUGAUGAGAUACAGUCAGUUUCUUGUUGCCGCCUGCUGCAUUCACGUGCUGAUUGCUAGCAACAGUAAUCAUUGGGUGCUGAAGGAUGACCGCAUUGUGCAGAAACUAGACUCGCCAUUCUUCAUGCGGGAGCCGCAUAACUUAAUUGCAUUUCUCGAGCAGAUACGGUAUAAUGAGUAUGUGGAGCGGAGUUAUUUGGAGCUGCUGCGCAAGCGGGAGCAGAUUGUGGAGCAUUUACGCUUCUCCAUGCGCUUUGGCGAGGAUCUGGCCGAGCAGGCAAAAUGCGCAAUGGACUACUAUCUACUGGAGAAGCGCAUGUCCUAUCUUAAGAUCACACCCGAUCAGUUGAAACGCAUCAAUCUACCAGAGCAUCGAGAUCUAUACCUGACCUCACCAAAUGGCGCGUUGAAGUCAAAGAGCGAGCGCAGCUUGGAACCCAUAUGCAAUAACUAUUUCGACCUGAGCGUGGGUCCAGCCACAUAUGAUCAUCUAGAGAGCUUUCAGCCGGAAGUGCUGGACAAGGCGUAUGUGGAGCGCGAGCAGGAUACCAACAUGGGCAGUGCCACGCUUGAGCUGACGCGUCGUUUUGCCGUAGAGGGACUGCAGGUACAGCCGGGCUCCUGGAAGUUCCAUACCCUUGCAUCUUACUAUUGGCGCAUGCGCGGCAAUGCGUUGCAAGCGUUACCCUGUGCACGCUUGGCCACCAUGCUGGCGCCUCCGGACCAGAAAGACAUACCGCUGCUCAGCCUGGGCACAAUACUUUUUCGCAUGGGUCGACUAGCGGAUGCCGACAUUAUACUCAGUGCCGCCGUGGAGCAUGCACCGGAUAUAGCCGAAAAUCAUGUGGUGUUAGCUUCGGCUUUGGCUAUGAAGCAUGACUUUAAUCGCUCUCAGCAUCACUUCGAUGAGGCGGAACGCUUGGACCCAAGCACCUUGCCACGCACGCAGCAGGUGCGCAACUUCAUCAGUUGUCUUGAGAACCUAACCAAAAAGACCUCAAAGAUGUACAGCUAUGUAAAGUACAUGAAGAACGAGGUGAAGGAGUUCAAGAAGCUUAAGUAUCACAUAUCGCAGAAUCACGAGCGACUUAUACAACAACAGCUACCGUUGGGUGCACGCCGUUUUCUCGACUCCAAAGCCAAUAACGAUGAUCUGCAUCGGCGUGGCCAGUAUUGCAGCACACGCACACCAAACGGCUCCGAUGAGCCCGUGCUCUUUUGUGACUUUUACUCGGACAUGCAAAUGCGUCUAGAGAGCAAGGAUAUUGACAUUGAUGUGCUCGAACGCGAUCUGAUGGCCAACACUGAAAGCGUUAUACGUCAAGUGUCAGCGGAAAUACGCAAACAGUUUAAUCUAGAGCAACUGAAGGCGGCCAAGGCGCAGAUGCCAACCAAAGCGAGCAAGGCCACGUAGGAGGAGCAUAGUUCCCAUUAAGCAUAUACAUACAUUCCCCCAAGCAUCUGUUGUAUUUCGGGUCACAAAUUAGCUUUUAAUCUGUUUAGUUUUAAAUAUCAAUGUACUAAAUAUGUUGCCAAUGUAUAGGGUUAUGUGUGUGUAAUAAGGAUAAUUAAGUUUAGCACUUAUAAGGCUUAUCUGUAACAAACGUUAGUGCUUUAAUAUGUGUACAUAUAUAUAUAUAUAUAUAUAUAACUUAGAUAUAUUUGAUUCGUUUAAAGCUUAAACUUUAGGCUAAUGAAAAAAUGCUCAUGAUAACAACGAGAACUAGAUUUCCAUGUUUGUAGAAUAGCUUAUAAGAAUUUUUCUAAUAAACUCAGUACAUCGUUUUAA